AUUAGUAAUUUCGUAGUUCCGGACCAUAUUGAAACUACCUUUAUUAUUUUGUAUUUUUUUUUUGUUUUAAAAGUGUUAUAUUUUUUAUUUAAUUGCGUUAUCUUAGUUACAUUUUAUAGAGAAAUUGAACUCAGAUAAUAUAUGUUAUCAGAGCCGGAGAUAAUAAUAGCAACCUCUGUCCUAAAUCAUUUAUCUCGGGCAGUAUAUUAACAAUUGAUACAUAACAUUGAUACAUUUGUUUAUAGAGUGUAAUUAUUCAGGUCUGUUCGAAAAGUGUCAAAAUGUCUGUGAUUGCUUGUUUCAUUUGUGAUAACCAGUUUAAAAACGAAUUUGCAUUGAUGCAGCAUAUAUCAAUGAAACAUAGUAUUGAAAAGUUAACUCCAUCAAAUAAUUGUAAGCAUUGUUCUCUAAAUUUCCCUAACUCAAAAAAGUUACAAAAACAUGAAGAGGAUGUACAUAAAAAUGUCGAUUAUUUUCCCUGCGACUACUGUACGUGCAAUCUCAAAAGUAUUAAGAGAAAACUUGAACAUACGAAAGUAGUCCACGGUAUUACUCUACUGAUAAAAUGUACACACUGUGAAAUGUUAUUCAAGUGUGAGCAAGAGUUAAACAAACAUAUUGAGAAUAUUCAUACAUGCGAAAUUUGCAAAAUUAUCUUGACAGACUUGAAAGCUAAAGAACUACAUUUACAAAUUAUUCAUAAUAAUAAAUAUUGUUCAUUUUGUUCAAAAAUAUUCAGGAAUUUGAUUGAUUUAAAACAACACAUGAAAGCUGUUCAUACUGAUAUUUUUUUAUGCGUAGACUGUAAUAAGGUAUUUAAGAAAAAAUUAGACUUGGAUCAACAUAUGGUAGCUGUUCAUGAACAAAUUGAAUGCAUGAAAUGUAAUAAAUCGUUCAAGAAAGCUAAAGAUUUGCAACAACAUUUAAUUUUAGUACAUACCCAAAAACAUUCAAUCAAAUCUAAUACCGUUGAAAACAAUUUUUCUUGUAAAAUUUGUUCGAGGCUAUUUUCUUCUGAAUCGGCUAAAAAUUCACAUUACGAACAAGCUCAUACGUAUCCGUGUCGUUAUUGCACGAAAAAUUUCAAGGAAAUCAGUCAGUUGCAACAACAUACGGAUGAUAAACAUAAAAACGUCGAUUUUUUCCCUUGCAACCACUGUACAAAGGAAUUCAAUACGGAAUUAAGCAGGUAUUAUCAUAUCGAAGCCUUUCAUACAUUCACCUGUUACGUGUGCUAUAAAAAAUUCGACGAAGCUAUACAAUUGGAGCACCACAAACGUAGCCUCCAUCAACCUAAAAACGUUCCAUCACAAAUAUUCAGUUGUCGUUAUUGUCCGAAAACCUUCAACGAAUCGGGCGUUUUGGAACAGCACAAAGUGGCUAAACACAAAAACAUCAAUUAUUUCCCUUGUGAAUAUUGUUUGGAAAAUUUCGAUUCGAAUAUCAGUAGAAGAAAUCAUUUUAUAGGGGUCCACAGUAACUUGUCGCGUAAUUGCUCGAAUUAUCCUACUAUGGAAAUUAAAACCAGACAGAUUAUUUGUAAUUAUUGCCUUAGAUCAUUCAAAUCGAGCGAGGAUUUAAGAAAACAUGAAAUUCAAAUACACAAAAUAGUAAAACUGAACAAAUAAACAACAUUUUUCAUGUUUUUUUUUGUGUAUAAAUUCUAAAACCAUAAAGUUGAUAUUAAAAAUAGAUAAGAAAAGAGAGAAAGUGCAUUGGUUUAUCUCUCUCUACUCGCCAUUAAAAUAAAACUUGUUCUUUGCCCACUCGAAACGUCAUGAUGGUCCAAAUCCAAUCAGAAUAAAGGGAGGUGUAUACCAAUAUUAUUUUUAUCUAUCAAUCAUUUUAAUAUAACCUAUACUUCGUUAUCUCUAUGUUUAAUAUUAACUCUAUGGUGUAAACUGAGGUAUUUGUACGAAAAAAUUGACCGAUUAUCCAUUAUCUGUUAUAUAAAAUUAUAAUAAACAUUACGUUUUUGAAAGUUAGGUUAAGUUUAUAAUAUUGAUGAUUAUAUGUAUGGAGGGUAGAGGUAAGGAGAACCAUCUCAAUUCAAAAUUUGAUCAGAAUGGCGAGAUAUCAUAUGAUUGUUCAGUUCAGUCUUCCGUCCGUCUUAUUUGAAUAUGCAGUGUUAAAAAAUUUUAAAUGACUAGAGUCGUCGUUUUAUUUAAAAUUUAAGCUCGUUCGUUAUAGUAGCGCCUCUCUAACGUAAAGAAUUCUUUGUGUGGCACAGAGAUGGUUCUCCUUACCUCUACCCUCCAUAAUUAUAGUAUUAAAAUCUAUUUUGGUGGACAUUUAUAUCUUGUAAUAUAUAAAAUGGCUGUUUUUUUUUGUCAUAAUCGAUGCGUUCCACGAUUGUAGUCGAGAACGUCACUCAUGACUUCAUGUCAAUGUUCACGACGACGCUUGUCAAGAUUUAGGUCGAAGUGAGCGUUGAAAGAAUUAGCGGAAUUUUCGAAACUCAAGUAAAGCAAAUUGCAACUAUGAGAAUAUGUUUCAUUAUUUAAUGCGUUAUGGGAUAUUAUAAAUACUUUUGAAGGAUUGUUGUGACGCGCAACUUAAUAUUUUACUUCAAUGUAAAUUAGUUAAGUACUCUGCUAAAAAAUUCGAUAUCUUACAAAUUAUAACAUAACCUAUUAAAGUUCGUCGAUCGUAAACGUGAUUAUAGUGAAUAUUGAAUUGAUAAUGUUAUUAUUCAUUAGUUUGUCCUGUUUUCUUCUUAUUUGGAUAUUUCAGCUGUGAUAUUUACAAUUGAUUAACCUUUUGCUCUUCCAGAAUAAUAACAUUCUAAUAUUGCUGUUGUUGUUGUUAAAAACAUUUUUUUAUCACAUUGUUAUAAUUUUUUUUAGUUUAUUAUUACUGGUUUAAAAUGGUGCACCAAAAUAUAAAUUGACACAUGGAGCUUUCGGUUUUUUAUUAUAGAGUAUUUAUUUCGUUGGUUCCCUUAUAUUAUUCAUAAAUAUAUAUUUUAUUUACAAUGCAUUGAAAGUUAUAUUUAGUUUAUAAUAUUUAUCUUUCUAAUCUAUGUUGAAAACGAUUUUAUUUUUAUGUUUAUACCGGUUAAUGACAAAUAAAAUUUAUUUUUAUGGUGGGAAA